UUACGAAAUACCAAACGAUCAUCGAUUGGAUCACGUGAUCAAUCGGCUAGUGACGUCGAUCGAAGAAAAUGGCGGAAUAUUUGGCAUCCAUUUUCGGUACAGAGAAAGACAAAGUUAAUUGUUCUUUCUAUUUUAAAAUUGGAGCAUGUCGACAUGGAGACAGAUGUUCACGUAUUCACAAUAAACCUACUUUUAGCCAGACUGUUCUGUUGCAAAAUCUCUAUCAUAAUCCUCAGAAUUCAGCUCAGUCAGCAGAUGGAUCGCAUUUAACUGAACCAUGUUUGGAUAUUUUUAUUCAAGUUGCAAAGCUUCAUGCUAACAUGUCAGAAGAAGAAAUGCAGGAACAUUUUGACAAUUUUUUUGAAGAUGUUUUUAUUGAACUAGAAGAUAAAUAUGGUGAAAUUGAAGAAAUGAAUGUUUGUGAUAACCUUGGUGAUCACUUGGUUGGAAAUGUAUAUGUAAAAUUUCGCCGAGAGGAAGAUGCUGAAAAAGCUGUUGCAGAUUUGAAUAAUCGGUGGUUUGCAGGUCGUCCAAUAUAUGCAGAAUUAUCACCCGUUACAGACUUUAGAGAAGCAUGUUGUCGACAAUAUGAAAUGGGAGAAUGUACACGUAGUGGUUUUUGUAACUUCAUGCAUUUAAAGCCCAUUUCUAGAGAAUUAAGACGAGAAUUAUAUGGAAGACGUCGAAGAAGAAGGUCAAGAUCAAGAUCCCGCAGUCGUGAUCGGCGUCGUUCGCGAAGUAGAGAGAGAAGACGGAGAAGUCGCAGCAGGGACCGUUCUCCUUCUCGGAAUCGAAAUCGCGAUCAUGACCGGGACAGAAGAGAUAGAGAGGAGAGAGUGGGAAGGUUUUGAUCCGUGGCUUUCGAGCGGAUAAAGCCAGCGACAGACAUCACUUUUAAAUGUGGAAAGUUUCACUUCUUUCUUCUGUGAGCUUGAAAUUUUAUACAGUUUAUUGAUUUAAUUUUUCAAGCUGAUUUAAGAAUUCAGCCUUUGACAAAUGUAAUUCAUUCAGUUAAAUGUGAAGUUGCAUAUCGAUAUUUCUGUAAACGAUCAUCUUUGGGUAUGUAUGACUUUGUAAAGUCAUUUCAUUUUGUAGAAGUAAUAAUAAAGUUACUUGUGAAUCAAAAAAACAAGAAAAACAAA